UUGGCGUGGCGGCAGUGCCCUCCAAACCCUAGCUCUGUAACCUUUGUCACUUCUCGUCAAGUGAUCUCGUAAGCUUUCUUCUUCCCUCUCAACAUGGACGGGAACAGAGAAGAUGAACCAGUUUCGGCAAAGCAAAACGCCAAAGAAGCGGCUGUAUGCGAAGAAUGCAAAGAGAAUCCAUCAAAAUACAAGUGUCCGGGUUGCUCAAUCCGCUCAUGUAGUCUCCCUUGUGUUAAGGCUCAUAAGCUACGAACUGGCUGCACCGGAAAGAGGGACGUUACUCAGUUCGUUCCUCUCUCUCAGUUCAACGAUAAUCUCAUUCUCUCUGAUUAUCAGAUGUUGGAGGAAGUAAAGAGGGUUGCUGAAUCUGCUCAGAGGACUCGAGGUAAAUUAUGCGGCUAUUACCGUUCAAAGCUUCCAUUUGGCCUCAAAAAUCUUCGGACUGCUGCUUCAAGACGCAAAAUAAAGCUCUUGUUUCUUCCUAGUGGAAUGUCAAGGAGGGAAAAGAAUCAAACUAAAUAUGAUGAAAGGACAAAAAUGAUUUCAUGGACAAUUGAGUGGCGAUUUCAUUCAACCAAUGUUGUUUUGAUUGACCAUGGAGUGUGUGAAGAUGCAAGCAUAUACUCUGUAAUUGAGAACCAUCUAAAGCCAGGCCCCUGGAACCAUCAGCUUAAGCAAUUCUGUGAUGUACAGCUGGACAGUCUCAAGUUUUUUAUCCGUAAAUGUCCAAAGGGGCCUAGGUUGCAUUUCCUGGAGUUGGACAUCAAGGCCCCUUUAAGGAAACAGUUGGCCAAAAUCAUAAUAUUGGAGUACCCUUCAAUUCAUGUUUUUCUUCCGUCACAUAGAUAUGAUUUUGAAAUUGUUAGAGAUGCUCAUCUUGUGGGUUCAAAACCUGCACUUGAGGAUUCCAGUAACAAUGGUCAACAGUGCCCCCAGGGUGUUACUUUCAAGGAGGAGGAAAUAGAAGAAGGCACUGGUUCUUGUGAGUCUCUGGUUAUUGAUCUUAUGAAGCAAGUGAAUGCUAGUCCAGUGUGUCAAUUCCAUCAUGAAAAUGAGUUUGAGAAAGCAGUAAAGAAUUCAUCAGAUAGGUCUAUACUCCCAAGAGUGGCAUCUUGUAGCACUUCUGAUUCUGGGCUGAAAGCCAAUGGACCAGAAGUUACAGAAGAAAUGGAAUUUGAUUUUGACCAAGAUUUAAUAGAUACAUACUCAGAGCUUGCAGCAAUAAAUACAGAUGACUUUCUAGUCUUUGAAGGUGAAUUUUCCAAAGAAAUGGAAGUAGAAGGAGAUGAUUUUUCAAACUUCAGGGGAACUUUCUCGGAAGCAGUAGAGCUAGAGGAAGGGGAGAUUGCAGACUAGAUGGUGUUCAAUUUAUCUCACAAUUGUGUUGAAAGUGUUUGAGAGAAUUAUCUGCCAACUAAUGGAUAAUAUUCUGGAUAAAACAUUUUCAUUGGUUCUUUAUGCCGAAUUUUGUAUAGUAUCUGCGAGGACGUCCGCCUGUCAAAAUCUGUUCGUAUCACCCAGUGAGAUGCGUGCAUUUGGUGUACAUUGAACAUGUGGGAACUGUUUGCCACAACUCUUCAAUCUGUUACGCAAUGAUGUUAAUAUCAAGACAGCAAUCUGCACUGGGCUUUUCUUGUAUUCCUCUGCUUCCUUGAUUCUGUUUGGCUAUUAGCAGGAGAAUUUCUGUUUGGUAUGGUUGUCAUCAAGAUAUCAUAUCUUGGAAUGUCUUAUCUAUUAUGUAGUAAUCAGUUGUUUCUUUCUUGUAAAUCCAUUUGAUUUGUGGGUUAAUUAUACUUUCGUUCAAUGUUUUUUUUAAUAUCAUUAGGAAUAAGUAAAAUUGUAAUUGUUAUUGAGUCUGUUGAAAGAAAUCUGGAAGCCAGUGUUAUAUCCGUCCAUAGAAUGGCCAUGUUUUGCCAUUUCAAAAAUGGUGAGUAGA